AAAGAGAGGAACAAAUGCAGAAGCUGCUGGUUGCCUUUGGUGCAAUUUUUUUUUAACCUUUUCUAACCUUUAACAAUUUGUACAACAGUUAUUUGUAUGGACUUAAAGCACACAGUUCUUCAGCUAUGAAUAGAGACCAUUCAGUCUGACAGUUUUCCAAUUUGAUGGACUUCAAGCAAACAGCUGUUUAAAAGUCAGCUUAUCAGUUUCAGAUCUUCUGCUGAAAAAAAUUCAAACUUCAGAUCAGGCAAACAUGAAGCCUGUGGCUGCUGCCCUAUGUGCAGCAGCCAUCCUUGUGGGUCUCAAGCUUGGCGGCUCUUUCCCACACAUCUUCGUUGACCGCUCAUCCCAAAACCUCUCCUCAGUCCCAAAGGAUCUUCCAUACACUGCUGAGUUUUUAGACCUUUCAAGCAACCACAUAAAGCAGCUUCACCAUGGAGACUUCGAACACACCUCUCUGCUGAAGUACCUGAACAUGUCAUGGAAUAGUUUGGAGAAUAUCGAUCUGGAGACGUUCCUGGACACUCCUCACCUGGAAGAGCUGGACCUGUCACACAACAGGCUGCAGAACCUAUCGUGUCAACGGUACCUGCUCCACACUGAGAAUCUCCUGGUACUAAAUUUGACCUCCAACCAGUUUCUCACAAUGACACUCGGGAGUGAGUUCAGCUCCUUGGUACAUCUGGAGAGAUUAGCACUUGGCGCAAAGAACAUCCGUACGAAUGAUUUUAAAAGCAUCACUGCAGUAAAACUACACACCCUGAGCCUUUCCUUGGAGGAUAAACUGAGUUAUGAGGCUGGUAGCCUGAGAUAUGUUGAUGCCCAAAUGCUUCAGAUAACCUUCGCUGGUCAUACGACAAUUGACCGUGGUCUGUUAGCUGAUGCUCUGUCCUUUUUUGGUGAAUUGGAGUUGAUAAAUUUGUCUAAAGGCUAUGAUAUUAUACGCAGUGAGCUGGGAAAUAGAUCAAAAAUCCUCACGUCUCGUCUUCAUUUUACCAAAAUAUCAAUCACCUGGACAGAAUUUACUGAAGCUGCAAAUAUAAUUUUUAAUACAUCUAUUUCUUAUUUUACUUUCUGUGAUGCAACCAUGUCUGAUCUGCCAAACAAAGACACUGAUGUGGCCAAGACAUCUCAGAUGAAGUCCUUCACAGCGAGGCGGAUAGAGGUGACGUCUUUCUUCUUUUCACAAGAAGCUGUAUACAACUUCUUUGUCAACAUGCCGGUGGAGAGUUUAGCAAUCACUGAGACUCCAAUUAUUCACAUUACCUGCCCACAGUCCAAAAGUAAUCUCCUCCACCUGGACGGCUCAUUUUGUGCUCUCUCUGACUCCAUCUUCUCCCGAGUGGAGGGUCAAGAAACUAUCGAAUGUGAGAAUCUGGAAAAAGUUAGUGAACUGAUUCUGCCAGGAAACAAUCUGAAGAGCCUUGGGUUGAUCAGCAAACGUUUGAGACACAUGACAUCACUGAAAGAUCUGGAUCUCAGCCUCAACUCUCUACUUUAUGAUGGUCUGGAAAAAUGUGUGUGGCCACCAAACAUCACCGGUUUGAAUCUUUCUUCUAAUGGCUUAACAGACUCUGUUUUUAAAUGUCUACCAACAGGAACAGAGUCACUGGACCUCCAGAACAACCAAAUUUCUGUGGUACCACUGUCCAUCAUGAAUCUGUCAAAGCUGUUGUAUCUGAAUCUGAAUCUGAACAGGCUGCGGGACCUGCCAGAGUGCAACGGUUUCCCCAAUCUAAAUAUGCUUCUUCUCAGGUUUAAUUCCCUCCAUGCACCGUCUGUAAACAAGCUGGAGAGCUGCCCCAAACUGAGAUAUCUGGAUGUUAGUCAUAACCCGUUCACCUGCACCUGCGCUCUGAGGAGUUUCAUAAGUCUCGGUAUCAAUUCUGAACAGAAGAAAAGUCACUCAGGAAUCGAAUUGUUGGGCUGGCCAGUUCAUUAUCUCUGCACCUAUCCAGAGGUUGACAGAAACUCCACCUUGAAACAAAUCUCAUUCCCAGCGGUCUCCUGCAGUGUCAGCCUUCUAGUUGCCACCAUUGUGUGCCCAUCAGUGGCAUUGAUUAUUGGAGUCAUGACCCUCUGCCACCGUUUGGAUGUUCCCUGGUAUAUUGGCAUGAUCUGGCAGUGGACCAGAGCCAAACACCGUGCCAGAAGAAGACAAGUGCGACCUGAGGAUCUGGUGGGCGUUGAGUUUCAUGCUUUUGUGUCUUACAGCCAGCAUGAUGCAAACUGGGUGCACAAUUCUCUUCUCCCCAACCUGGAGGGCCCUGCUGGAGGGCUUCGAAUCUGCCAUCACGAAAAACACUUUGUGCCUGGAAAGGCAAUCACAGAGAAUAUCAUCACCUGUGUGGAGAAAAGCCGGCGCUCCGUGUUUGUGCUCUCUGCCCAUUUUGUGAAAAGCGAGUGGUGCCAUUAUGAGCUGUACUUCGCCAGUCACCAGCGCCUCACUCAGGGCUUGGACAGUGUUGUCUUGGUGCUGCUUGAGCCGCUGCCUCAAUAUCUGAUCCCAUCAAAGUACAACCAGCUCAAGUCCAUGAUGGGCCGACACACAUACUUGGAGUGGCCUCAGGAUAGAGCUAAGCACAGGCUGUUCUGGGCUAACCUCAGGGUUGCUCUGCAGGCUGAUCUGCCAGAUGCACCCGUCAGAGAGCUAGAGGGUUAACUUUGAUAGGGGGUUCACACAGAUGUGAAAUGAUAAGAGGAAGUGUGAACGGAAAAGAGGGGAAGGUUUGAGAGGGAACACAGAAGUAAUAAAAUAACUACUUUUUCUUGUAAGUUUGUAAUAAAAUAAACCCGAUGUUGUAAAUCA